AUGAGAAGAGUGCGAACCAAAAAAGCGAUGCAAAAAGUUGGAUUACAAAGACGUAUUGCGCAUAAGAGUUCCAGCCAAAUACAAAAUGAAUUUGUGCAAUCAUGUACAUAUUAUACUUCACAAGAUAUUAGAAACCAAGCUUCGUUACACUCAGAAAAUUAUGAGGAUUAUAGUAAUGAAAGCUUACAAGAAAGUUUUUCAGAAGAAAGUCAGCAUAUUAAUAAUGACUUUGAAUGCAGUUUCUCUAUGGAUUCGGAUAUGUUGAGUAGCGAAUCGGAUACUUUAAGUAGCACGUCGAAUACUUUGAGUAGCAGUGACCAGUCAACAAUUAUGGAAGAAGUUGGACUACAAUCAAAAGUAACACAAACUAUAGUAGAUAAGCGAUCAAAGAAUGGAGAACUAUGGUUAAGCGAAAUAACAUACCUGACUGAUCCAUUUAAUGUUAUUGAACCUGUUACAGUUUGGCUUCGGGAUACUCCAGAAUUACCUAAUUAUCAAUUUAAUGUGAGAGAAAUCUUAUAUUGUCAUGAAGGCCCGUGGAAGAUAAGAGAUUGUAAACUGAGACAUCUUCAUCCAAUUGAAUAUACUCAAAUUCCAAUGUCAGCUCCUCAUAAUGUGCCUACAUUAAAAAUAAUGCGUGUAGAGUUUUACAAGCAAAUAAGUUACAUUUUAUUAAACGAUGAUGGCACCUUUGAUAAGUAUAUGAAUUUGCAUUCUGGCGAUAUUGUGCAAAUUCAGGAAGAAACCGGUCUAUCUUACGCUAUACUAAAAGGGAUAUUUACACAUAAAUAUAAUGAUGGUGGCACCAAGUUUACCCAAUAA